AAACAAUUUUCAAUUAAGUAGGUUAUAAUUGAUGCAGAAAUAAACACCCAAUUUUCAAUUAAGUAGGUUAUAAUUGAUGCAGAAAUAAACACCGGCAGAUAGCUAAGAUGAUUAAAAAAUGUUGGAAUUCAUUUGAGCAGCUACUGAACCCAACAACCUGCUCCAUAUAUAUGGUAAAAUGGCAUCCUAUACCAUGGAUGGUAUGGCAUGCUAACUUCGACAAGAAGAUGUCCAGACUCCAGAGCCACCAUGCCGCUCUCCUUCGCCUCCCCCUCCUCCCUCCCUCACUCCCCAACAGAUCCCCUCUUCCCACUUCCUCCUCGCCCCAGCAAUGCCGCCUAGCUCGUAGCCGGCGCGCCCGUCCGUACGUCCGUCGGUUGCAAUGGCGUCCGCGGCGGUGCUGCUGCUGGCGGCCGCCGUAGUCGUCUUGCUGGCAUGCCUAGCACUCGCAGACCCGCCGACGAGGGAGCAGUCGGCGCUGCUGGCGAUCCUCGCCGCUACCCCGCAGGAGCGCAAGCUCGGGUGGAGCGCCUCCACGCUGGCCUGCGCUUGGGUCGGGGUCACCUGCGACGCCGCCAAUUCCACCGUCAUCAAGCUGCGCCUACCCGGCGUCGGGCUCGUCGGCCCCAUCCCGCCCUCCACCAUCGGUCGCCUCACCAACCUCCAGGUGUUGUCCCUUCGCGCCAACCGCGUGUCCGGGGCCAUCCCCGACUACAUCCUCCGGCUCUCCACUCCGUCUUCCUGCAGGACAACGCCAUCUCCGGCGCCAUCCCGCCGGGGGUCUCCAGGCUCGCGGUGCUGGAGCGGCUCGUGCUCUCCCACCACAACCUGUCGGGCCCCAUCCCCUACACGCUCGGAGGCCUCGCCGCGCUCCGCGCGCUCAGGCUCGACAGCAACCGCCAGUCCGGCAAAAUCCCCAUAAUCGCCAACCCGGGGCUCAACACAACCGGCUCAACGGCUCCAUCCCGCGGGCGCUCGCGCGGUUCCCCGCCGACACCUUCGUCGGAAACCUCCAGUUGUGCGGCACACCGCUGCCCCCUGCAGCCCCUUCUUCCCGUCCCCGUCGCCGGCGCCAGGGAUGGGCCCCAGCAAUGGCAAGCCACUGAAGAAGAAGAAGAAGGUAUCCACCGCAGCGAUCGUC